UGACGAGAAUUUAGCGACUCUAGACGUGCCUUUGACCAUUGCUCGCCUUAAAAAGCCUGUUUUGUGUGUGUUUCCGUAUGAUUUCUUUUAUACGUCAGCCUUAAACAGCGUAAAACAUUAAAAAGUCAAUACAAGAAAAGAAGAAAAAAUUUUAUUUAUUUAACUACAGUUAUAAAAAGAAGAAAAAAAGAUACCCAAAAGGAAAGAUAAAUAAAAGAAAUAAGAGAGAGAAAAAAAAUAAAUAAUUAUAAAUAAAUACCUAUAGUGAAAGUCUGCCGAUAAAGAUAACCAAAGGCAAGCAAAAGACAAAAACAAUUAUAAAAUCCACCAUGGAGAGAAUAAUACGCUCAUUAAAUUACGGUCUGCAAUUCGAUCAAGACGCCCAGCAUAUCUUGGAAAAUAGCCAUACACCGAUCAUCGCCACCCCUAACUCCAACGUCAUAGCCUUGACCUCAACACCAUCUAUCAUUGGAUUGGAUACCUCGGCUCAUGCCUCAGCGGUCAUACCCAGUCACACGCCCACCACCACCAGUGAUUUUUUGCAAAAAUUAGGAGCUACCAUUAUCAAUUCCAUACAAUUGCAAACUGCGCCUCUCCAUACGUUAGCUUCUUCAGCAUCUUCAUCGUCAUCCUCCUCCUCAUCGCCUUUGCUCACUGCUGAAGCCCUGGGCUCGGACAAUAUGGAUUUUGUAGGGCUAUCGCCUCAACAUGUGGUCAUCGAUAGCCAAAGUUAUGAUGAGCUGCAAAAAAUAGUGGAACAUGAUCAGCUCAUGAAUGAAGUAUGGAUUGGCAUUGUCUUGAUAUUGAUUUUGAUAUCCAUGAUCUUUUGCUUUUGUUCCUGUUUUCUAUAUCAUCAGUUUCGUGUGUGGAAAAGAAAUUAUCGCACCACAAUGACCCAAAAUGAAGAGGAGGAUAAUGUGAAAAUUAAUUUGGAUAUUGAAGAUCCUGUGCCUGAGUAUACCUUGGUUUCCGGUCUGCCCUCAUAUGAGGCUGCCUUGGAGUUGCUGCGCAAAAAUCCCCAAUCGUGUCUUAUAGUGCAUCCCAGUGUUUUCGAAAUUUUCAAUAGCAAAGAAAAGCCCAACGAAAGCCCCAAUAGCCCUCCAGGCAGUAGCCCUAAUAAUGGCUCAGACCGGGUGACGCCCUCUGAAGCCUCCACACCUUUGCUGAGUGAAGCCAUACACAAAUCUCCCUCUGCCUUGAUUAUGGCUUCUCUACCCUCCUACCAGGAAUCAAUGGCAGCUGGCAUAAGCCAUGCCAGCCAUCAUCAGCCUCACAGUUUGACAAGUAUUAGCCUGGUCCAUGAAAAACCUGUGCAAAUAUAUCAGUCUUCGGAGAAAUCUCCCAAAACCAAUCACAAAAAUUCUAAGUGAACCAAUUGCCUCUAAAACAAAGCACAAGUUCUACUUAAAUUUGUAUUUUUUUCGAUUUUGUUUGGGGUAUUUUUAACCCAAACUAAAUCUAUCCGCAAGACUGUGAUAUAAAAAGACAACAUUGUUCAUUAUUUCUAAACUCAAUCGAAUGUUACUGCUCAUUAUCAUUGAUUUGUUGUUUUUUUUUUAAUUUUUUACAACGAUUUGUCAUUGCUCAUUCUGUAAGUGUAUAUGUGGCCAAAUAAUAUUUUAGUCUUAAACUGUGAUUAAUCGCGUCAUCAAUAUUUGGGGCAACUUUUUUCCCCCCAAAUUAUGAACAACUACUUAAAUUAUUUAUUUUAUACUCAAUUCUAUUAUACUUGUAUGUAUGUAAAUGAAACGUAUACUUAAUAUGCUUAAAUAUGUGUUAACUAAUUAUAAGUU